ACCCUGAUAUGUCAAACGCCCUAAAGUCCCUAAAUCCGUAGGUUAAAAAUUUAAAACACCAAUGGAUGAUUUUAAAAAAUAGAAUAAUUAUGAACAAUAUUAAGAAAUCUUGUUUAUUUUCAAGGAAAAAUAUUAUACAUACAAAUACGCAGAGGUUUAUAAAAUCGCAGACUCCUGCUGAAUAUUGUCUUAAUCAAAUAAAGCAAUACGACUAUGAAAAUUUUAUUUGUACAAUUCUGUUAAAAACUGUUCCUCGUUCGGUUGCUAUAGCGGUACGUAGUUUUAAUGUUGAAAUAUCUAGGAUUGUUGAACAAAUGUCUCAAGAAACAAUUGGUUUAAUGAAGUUAACAUUUUGGGAAGAAACUAUAGAUAAAUGUUAUUUAAAAAAUAUUAAAGAUGUUCCAAAACAUCCUGUUGCCAUUGAAUUAUUUAAGGCAAUAACGAAAGCUGAUUUAAAUAAAAGGUACUUAAAGAAUUUGGUGACAGCAAGAAAAGACAAUAUAAAUACACAUAGCUUUAAAAGCUUAGUAGAUAUCGAAAAGUAUGCAGACCAAACAGUGUCAAGUGCAUUGUACUUAAUUUUAGAAGGUUGUAAUGUAAGAGAUGUUAAUGCUGAUCAUGCAGCAUCACACUUAGGAAAAUCGCAGGGAAUUGUUCAACAGUUAAGAUGUAUACCAUAUGCCAAAAAAUUAAACUUUAUACCUCUACCUGAAGAAGUGUUAAUAAAAAAUCAAGUUAGCCAGGAGGAAGUUUUUCGUGGUACUCCUAGUGAAAGAUUAUCCGAAUGUGUUUAUGAAGUGGCUAGUAGAGCUCAUCAACAUUUAAUAAAAUCUAAAAGUUUAAUGGACAAAGUUCCAGUAAAUGGUCGUCCAGCAUUGUUACCAGCUAUACCUAUAUUGAAUUAUUUAGAGAAUUUACAAAAAGUAGAUUAUAAUGUUUUGAAUCCAAGUUUACAGCAGCGCUCUUGGAAAAUAUUACCGAGCAUAUACAUAAGUAACUUAAGGAAUAUUUAUUAACUGUAUUUAAAAAAUAAAGUUGUUAUCAAAAAAGGUGUUUGUAUUAUUUGUAAAAUAGUAACUGGUUAGUUUUGUCAAAUUUAAGUUAUGUGUCACAUGUAU